AUGCCAACCGUCAGACAAGAAACAUAUACUACAGCUCAACCAGAUGGAACCUUAGUUACUACAAUAACCAAAACUAAAACUCGUUACGUAAAUGAUGGUAGCAGUUUCAGAAUCGGGCGAGGCCCUGUAACUAAGGGUUAUAUUCGAAAACCAUCCACCAUUGUUAGGGCCGCUGAAGUGGUUCGUGUUCUUUUGCUGAUACCAAAUUCUACACUGGUUUUGGGUUUAAUCAUCAUUGCACUGGUGGUUGCUGUCUAUGGACCUGGACCAUUCAAAGGAAUUUUGUUUGGGCAGACAUUUCUGCUGAUAUUUGCUGGUCUUGGAGUCUGUUUCUCGUUUAUAUUUUUAGUCGUUUAUUUCUUCAAACUUCAUGAAACACAUUUGACGUUUUGGCCAUGGCAAAUUUCGGAUUUUACUUUCUCAUGCGCGGCGUGUGUAGUGUUUUUACUAAUGACCUUCCUGGAAGCUUAUUAUGCUACUGGGGCUUGGGCCAACAACUGUAGUGAUAUAGGCAGUGAUGGGAUCUUGCAUAAUGGCUGCAGAACGAUUUAUGAAUGGGCGUUUGCUGCGUUCUUUUGCUUUGUAAACGCGAUUCUGUAUGGGAUUAGUGCGGCUUUUGCUCACGACUGA